CAUCACUGAAAAUUAACGAUUGAUGCUAAAAAUAGAUAUUUAAAAUCCCAGCAUGCUUUUCAUAAAGACUUACAAUAAUGGCGUGUUUGUUAUAUUUACUGUACGUUAGUUAUUUAACAGGAUAUUUCCCCACUGUAACUGGCAUACCGCGCACAUUCAACGAAGUAGCUACAAUUUUCUCAUAUCAAAACAAGACAUGUCCAGCUGAAAAGCCUUUUAUAUUGAAAAACGGCACCCAGUCUAUUUGUGUGUCAUCAUGUGGACCUACAUUGGUGAUAGAUGGCAGAAAUUGUAUAAACGUUGGAGAUUGUAAAAAGCCUGUUCUGUCUGAUGGUAAAUGCAUGGAAAUGUGCGACGAAGGAUAUCUUUAUGUCACCAAUAACUUUGAACUUGCCGAUGACUGUAGCCGUUUUGGUAGUUGCUUUUAUUCACAAAACAAUAUCGGACAGAAAUUGUGUGAAAAGAGAAGUGAUAUUAUUUUGAAAACAAUCUGUUACGCUAUAGGAACUGUACUGUAUAUUUUAUUUCUUUUGAUGUUCUUUUCGACUAGACAAUGUCCAUGCACAAAACUGAUAACAUGGAUUAAAAGACAAGAAUAACAUGAAGAAGACCUCGUCACGUGAAUUUUAGUAUGCAAUGGAGAACGUCGUAGAUUACGGACUUUGUGAGGGUUAAGUUAAACAGAUAUGCUGCGCAUAAAUUUGUCAAUUCAUAUUAAAUUUAUUGCAUAAGAUUAUAGCGUGAAUAUGAAAUAUCAGUACAACUGUAAUGAAAUACAUCAUUAACAAUAGAUCUACUCGUUAAUUCAAACAGAUCUGUAUGAAAAAAAAUAUCAAAGUUUGCCCGUCAUUUUGGGAAUAUAUAUUCAGAAAAGUAAUGUUCAAUAACCGUUUCCAAUCAGCGUUAAAUGUCAAUUUAAGAUGUUGAAACUAUCAUGUGUAGACUAUAAUAAAUAAAUUAAUUUCUAAUUUU